AUUUACAAAACAAUGAGUUCCAUUUCGAAUUCGUCAUGGUGUACUGCUGAAAAUUCAUCAAAUGAGUCUAUAAAAUUCAUUGAUGGUGUGAGCGGCAAAAGUUCAAACUUAAAAGUUUUUUACACAGUGGAUAGUGAAAUAAAAGCACAAAAUGCGAAUAAUGACGCUCAAAAUUGUCAAAUUUUACUCAGAACAAAUGAACGAAUUGAACAAAAAUCAAAGUCGGAUAGUCGCACCGUUUGCUUUGGAAAGACUUUACAAUUUGUUCAGGAAAUCAAGGAAUUUUACACAUGGAAAGUACCAUGGAUUAUCAUUUUACUUAGUGUUGUUCAGGUGGUUGUUUAUUUUGUCGCUUGCAAUGUGUCUAUCGCUCGUCUCACGUUCAAUCCACAUCUGAAAACAAAUAUCUGGCGUUACUUCACAUAUCAUUCGGUACAUUUCAAUUUAACACACUUGAUGCUGAAUGUUGUGCUUCAGGUUCUCAUUGCGCUUCCAUUAGAGACGACCGAGGGUCAUUUACGCGUGUUGAUCGUGUACUUUUCUGGUGUUGUAUUUGGAGCCAUUGGAUCAUUGCUGUUUAAUCCAACUCAAAGUAUAGUGGGCUCUUCAGGAGGCGUAUUUAGUUUGCUAUUUGGUCAUAUGAGCCAAUGUACUUUGAAUUGGAGAAUCAUUUCAUAUCGCUCCUUUCGAAUGACUGCCAUUUUAUUGUUAUUUUUUAGCGAUUUGUUGUUUUCAGUAUUGAAGCAUAUUUAUUGGAGUAGUGUUGAGCCGAAAAUUAGCUUUUCAGCUCAUAUAUGUGGAAGUGUAGCUGGUUAUUUCACCGGAUUACUCGUUUUUAAGAAAGAGAAAAGGCGACGAAGUCCAACUGAAUACUAGACACUACAAAUUAUUGUUUAUCUUCUACUCGAUCAC